AUGAAAAUUCAACAGUUAUUUUAAACCAUAGAUAAAUCGUUGAAGUUUUGUUACUUACAGACCACAAAAUCUCGGUGUCUAAUUAUUGGAUAUCGAUCUAAUAUUUUAAAUAUGAUUAAAAUUGUUAGCGAUUUGCCGUUUUUGUUGCUAUAGCGACGUUGAGAGCCAACGACAUAAUUGACCACACAUUAAAAAUGUCAAAGCGGUGCGAAAACGAAUUGGAUAUCCAAGAGCUCCGCCCCAAGGCAAUUAUAGGAUUCGACGGAAACACCAUUAAUGGAUUCCUUGUGCACCCCAAUGGGAAACACGUCCUAUAUCCACUUGGAAACAAAAUUAGCGUUCAGGAAUGGACCACAAAGAAGCAAGCAUUUAUGGUCGGUCACACCAAUAACAUUUCCGCCGUUGCAGUGUCGCGCUCCGGAGAAUACGUCGCCAGCGGCCAGAUAAAUCAUAUCGGUUUCAAAGCCCGGGUGAUUAUUUGGAGUUUUAACAAAUUGAAAGCCCUCAAUCAACACGAACAUCACAAAGUUAGAGUUGAAGCUCUAGCGUUUUCCAAAGACGAAUCCUAUUUAUUAUCUCUAGGGGGCAGAGAUUGCGGCUCAGUGGUUAUCUGGGACAUGACAACCGGUCACGUGGUGUGCGGGGCGCAAGCUACACGAGGCGUUCAAGGAGACGCGGCCGUUUUGUUGCCCAUGAUGCGUCGGGGUGCCUGUUUCGUUACCGCCGGCGACUGCCACUUGGCCGUUUGGAAAAUCGACCAGAACGCAAAGACCAUAGCGCCGAUCGACGUCGCCAUGGCCAAACUGAAACGAAAUAUUCUGUGCAUGGACGCGGAUGAACGCGACGAGGUACUUUAUUGCGGUACGACCACGGGCGAUGUGCUCAAAGUACGCCUCAACUUCCACCACGACGCGGAAAUACUCGAACCGACCAAGACGCCGUGCGUUGUCGGCUGUUUUGCUAAAAUCACAAAGAAAAAGCUGCCGCGGGGUAGCGUCGACCUUUAUCAAUUGGGAGUGCGCUCGAUCCGGAGACUCUUCAGCGGACGUUUAAUAAUAGGAGGCGGUGACGGCACGCUCGAUCUCGUCGAGGAAACCGAGAGGAAAGGCGGCGCGGUUGAGAACGACAUAAGGUUGCCUUCAGUUCCCGCUCUGCGGGUAUUAAAAUCCGCUCAUGUGAAUAACGCAGUCACGUCAAUUCAGCUCAGGGGCGAAGAUCACAUUUUGGUCGGCACUGCGGUGUCGGAAAUUUACUCAGUCGACUUAAACACGUUUAGCGCAGAACUGAUCGUCACGUGCCACACUUCGGCCAUAUUCGACGUAACUUUUCCCCGCGAUUUCUCGGAAGUAUUCGCGACCGCGAGCCGAGACAGUGUGCGAGUAUGGUCCAUGGCAACCAUGCAAGAGCUGCUGCGCAUUUGCGUGCCCAAUUUCACGUGCUCGAGCUUGGUAUUCGCGAGCGAUGGCAAAUCCAUUCUCACGGCUUGGAACGACGGUGUUAUCAGGUCGUUUACACCGCUCACAGGCCGUUUGAUUUACGCGUUGCUAAAUGCACACAACAAGGGCGUCUCCGCUUUGGCGGUAACGUCGCACAGUAAGACAUUGGUAAGCGGUGGAUGUGAGGGGCAGGUCCGUCUUUGGGAUAUUUCGCCGCAUCGCCAACAACUGGUUUGCACGUUAAAGGAACACAAGGGUCCGAUUUCGGCUGUGCACAUCAACAAAUUUGACACGGAGGCGGCCAGCGCCAGUACGGACGGUACGUGUAUUAUCUGGGACUUGGAAAGGCAAUGUCGCAGACAGAUAUUAUUUGCCAAUACGCUGUUCAUGUGUGUCAGAUAUUACCCAACCGGAGUGCAAAUUUUGACUGGCGGCUCCGAUCGCAAAAUAGCCUACUGGGAAGUGCUCGACGGUUGCCUGGUCAGGGAACUGGAGGGUUCAUUGACAGACACAAUCAACAGUUUGGACAUAUCGCCCGACGGCGUGUGUUUCGCCACGGGGGGAAACGACCAAAUGAUUAAACUAUGGCGUUACCAAGAAGGCGUGACCACGCAUAUGGGGGCGGGACACGCGGCGGCUGUAACGGCUGUACGAUUCAGCGCGGACGGGAGGCACAUGGUCAGCGCGUGCGCGUCCGGCGCGAUAUUCGUCUGGGACCGGCCAUUGGAAACGGACAGUGGCGUGGGAAAGAACGAAGAAAGGGUGUCUGAUGGCAAAGUAAUGGUGACCGAUGACGGGGUAACGAACGAAGAGGAUAUAAAGGAUUUACCAACGUCCAGGUCGUCAGCGAGGGAGCUGCGGGGAGAAGAAAUUCGGUCGAAUAUCGUUUGUCACUGUCCUGGAAAUGAUGGAGAUACUAGCAGGUACGGCAACAGCGCGCCCAGCGGCGGAUCAUCCCCCAAAUCUGCACGUUCCGUAAAUAAAUGUAAAUGACGUCGAAGGUAUAUUUUUUAAAUAAAAUCGCUUAAAUUGAUGGAUUUCAUUUCCUUUACUCGUUUUGUAUUUGAGUUUCCAAAACUAGCCUAUACCAUACUACGAGAAGCCUCUUGAGACAAUAUAUAGAAAUCCAAACUAUAUGUACAUGAGUCGCAUCCAAGACCUCCAACUCUUCGGUCGACAAAAAUAUUGAGGCUUACGGAGAGUGAGACGAUUUAUCGAAAAAAAUAUAUUUUCACUAAAUAAAAAACGCACCUACAUUUUUGUCACUAUUUUUCGGAAAUUUGGUGAUAAAACUUGUUCCGCGUUCGGGGAUUAAACCUAUACCGAUAAAAUCCGACCCUCAAAUGACAUUAUUUUUAUCGCUGAUUUAAUAAAAUUACUGUCGACGAGCGUUAUUGCACUUAUUCAAUAUUUGAUAAAGCUCGUAAAAACAAUUUGCGAGAUAUAUCUGUUUGUCCGUGAUGUUUGCGCCGGUACUUCAAUUAUUUAAUUAAUUACACAUUUAGACAUAGGUAUAAAUUGUGCGCAUGUACUCGUAUAUGAAUGUCGCCGACCUCCUCGUUCAACAACAAAAGAACAUUUAAAAGACUACCCUUUCAUCGUCUAUAUGGAAUC